AGGUGUUGGCUUUAGGGAUGGUCAGUGAGAUACACCUGCUGGAGCACGUGCCACGGGCAUAUGAGGUGGAGGACCUGACUGCAACUGUCACGCCCUGGUCGAAGAAGCUACUGGCUUUAGGAGGAGGGUACUGGCUUUAGGAGGAGGGUACUGGUCUUUGACUUGGUGGCUCCCACCCCUAAAGGCACUAAAUGGGGUCUAGCUGGUUCCAGUGUGAACGUGGUGCAGGAGGUUCCUGGGAAUACUGCCCAAGGCUCUGCUGGGAAAAGCCCUCCAGGAUGCCCGGAAUGUCCCAUGGCUGGGGUGAAAUGGUGGAGGCGGUACAACAACAUGUGAAGUCUGUGAGCUUCGAGCUGAGGAGGGAGCUGAGGGACGUCACCUACCUGAACGCCCAUGGAGGGAUACUGGAGCCACACACUGUACAGGAGCGUGUGGUAGGUCUCCAUUUGAUGGGGCCCAGUGCAGGGGAGGUGAUCCAGGGCUUUGUUGUGGCUCUGAGGUGUGGUCUGAUCAAACAGCAGCUGGACACCACUGUGGGACACCACUGUGGGACUCCACCCUGUUUGUGCCCAGGUGUUGCCCAAACUGACAGUAACUCAGCGUGCCACUGACACCAUGAUGGUCAGAGGGAACUGCUGAGGUUAGCCCCCUGCUGUCAAUCACUGUUGUCCAAGGCAACGGUACAGAUAGCAGGGAGAAGCCAGUCAGAACAUCCUCACUGUUGUGUGACGGGCAGCUAUCAACCGUCUAAUGACCUCUGAGUCCGGAGCCUGAUUGACAGGUGGGCGGGGACUGACACUGUUGCUGCUGGCCCUAGACACUGGGGUCACUUCCUGUUUACAUGUUUUUUUCUUCUCUUCUUCUUUUGCCAUAUUAAGGAACCAAACUUUGAUAUUAACCUGCGGAGGCACCUCUGACACUUUUCAGCUGUGAACUCUGCAGUCCAUAUGAAUACUCAUUAGUCUGUGACUGGACUGACUCAGUUCAAUGGCUGCUGAGUAGCGAUAAAGCCCUGAUUGAGCAUUUAAAUACUGUAGAAACACAGUUCAUGCUUUUAUGCAGGGUUCUGUAGCUAUGGGCUGAAGGGAUUUAAGUGCCGUAAUGUAAUGUAAUGAACAGAUCGAGAUUAAACUUAUCAGAAUGGAGAAAUAUUCAUGAAUAAAAUGCUCUUACUUUUAAUUAAAGUAAGUGGUUCACAUAGGGAUACAUUAACCUAAGAUUACAAUCUCUUUUUCUCUCUCUCACUAUCUCCAUUUGUCAUUCUCUCUGUCUCAGUUCUGCAGGACAUAGUGACUGACUUAAACACUGUGAUGAAUAUUCACAGGGAUCAUUAGUAAGGUCUCUCAUACUAAUGGGAGGAGAGACAGGGGCAAAAGG